GGAAAUUGGAAAUUGCCGGCCGGCCGCGAACCACAUCGGACGGCCAUAUAAAGGCCCCCGCCUGCGUCUGCUCUCGCCCUUCCGCUUCAUUCCAUCCCCUGCCCGUAGCACGUAUCUGCGCCACGAUGGGCAUGCGAUAUCGCCGCUACCUUGCUGGAGAGCGCAUCUAUGGCUGCUCGACAUGUAAGACGCAUCUCGCCACUAUCCAUGCUAUGCGCUCCAGGGCGUUCAACGGCCAACAUGGGCGUGCGUACCUCUUUGAUGUUGUCGUAAACGUCAAGGAGGGCGAAUCUUGCGACCGCGCGAUGACGACCGGGACGCACACCGUGCGCGACAUCUACUGCGUCAAGUGCAAUCAGGUACUCGGCUGGAAAUAUGAACGGGCCUUCGAAGCGUCGCAGAAGUACAAAGAGGGGAAGUACAUCCUCGAGCGCAACCUGCUCACCGACGUCCAGUAGCCCUCCGCGGUAUGCCGCGCCCCGGCAGGUCUCCUUGUUCCCCCGUGUUGGUCACCCACUCCGUCGGCCCCCACCGCACCCCGCUUGCUCGCUCGCUCGUGCGCGCGCCACCCACCCUCGGCGGUGGCGCAGCGCCCUGCCUCAGCCUGCAUCAAUCCCUCGCAUCACGCAUGCCUCGUUGCAUCAUCUGUAACACUAGAGCGGCCCGCUGCACAGCGCUAGCCAGCCCGCCGCACCCCCGUCGUGUCGCCCGACGCCCGCUGCCCAUCGUCAGUCUUCGCUGCUGCUUCCGUGCUGCUGACGCCCUCCAGCGCGCUUCGUUCGCGCUCAUCGAUUCAUUAUCUAUCGAAUCACUAAUUGCCAUCGGACUACCUCAGGCAUGCACCCUCCAUGUACACCAUGCUGCCUCCCUUGCGCACCCAAACGUAAGGUGCUUAUCGUUCAUGUACUUAUCAAACGUUCCGAAUGUCCUUGUAACUGAAAAGAAUAAAGAAAGUAUAACUAACAGUCAGAUCGUCCGAUUCGACGGUACCUACUGUCCAGGACGCAGUGAGGAGUUCUGAAGUGAAGGGGCUUCUAGAUGGACAGGGCGCACAAAAA